CAGAAUCUCAAAUUCACUAGUUAUUACUUAUGAUGACCUAUACCCAAAUAAUGCAAAGCAGCUUCCCUCACAUAUUCUUAACGGCUUACUCCAGGAUCACUUGAAUCAACUCCACACUAACGUAAUUAUAGCAACGGAUGCUUCGCAGAUUGAUGAAAAGGCAGGAGUUGGAAUCUUCUCAUCAUCAUUGGACUGGUCUUUUUCUAUUCGGCUUCCCGACUUCACUCCAAUAUACCUAGCGGAAUUCCUAGCUGUUGUCCUAGCUUUACGAAAGCUACAGUCUUCCAGGUCAACGGCGGUAAUAAUCACAGAUUCUUUGUCGCUGUGCACCUCACUUACUGCUCCCGGCGAGACACACAUAUUGAAAACUUUGAACUCACUGGCUCCAAGUCAUUUGAGAAGUUUACGAUUAAUAUGGGUACCUGGCCACAAAGGCAUAUUUAUGAAUGAGGUGGCAGACAGCUUGGCCAAGGCUUCUAUCAGCGGCCCAGUGCUUCCCCUUCUUCCAACAACGGGCUUUAUCACGUCCGCCAGGUUCAGAAGAUACAUCCUUUUAACAUCUCACUCGAACCUCAAUUCAUCAUUGGAACUACGCCACUUACAAUUCCCUUGGAGCAGGAAGUUUUGCAAAACAAGACAAACGGAGGUUACAUUAACGAGACUACGUUGUCGAGUCCCAUCUCUAAAUUUUUACAUGCACCGAUCUGGUCUGGCAAUAUCCCCAUUGUGCCAUUUUUGCAAUGCAUUAGAGACGAUUGAGCACUACCUACUGGAAUGCCGGCGUUUCUCCUCCACGAGGAAAAUGACAUUAGAAAUUACAGUGCGACAGCUUGGUCUGCCAUUGAACACUCCGGUACUGCUGUCUUUCGGAGCGUCUGUGCUUGGGCACUCACACAGGAAUGUUUGCUUCGCCUUAGAAAAAUUCCUUAUUGAAUCAAACCGAUUUCAUUGAUGACCAUAUUAUUUUAUUCAUUCCUCCUCUGUUGCCUCAUUGAUAUAUUCAAGAUACUUUUUUUUUCUCCUCUACGUAGCAUGACAAUCUACUGAACCAUUUCGAUUUUCCCUCGCCUAAAUUCAUGUAACAAAAUUUUAGAUUUUUACCUCCUUUUCUGAACACAUAAGCAAAGUCUGCCCGAAUCUUGGCCAAUCCCCGCGAGUGGGUAAGCGCCAAACUCAUCCAGGACAUCAUCAUCAUCAUCAUCAACCGCUAAAAAGGUCUCUGUGAUCCGAAUGAGAGACGCUCACCUGUCAGGUCGCACGUUAGCUUUCCCGCCGUGACGUUAUAAAAGCUCACGGCGUCCAGCCGCAACAACCCUACCGUUCUGUCUUCUGCGUGGCUCACCGGCAUCCAGUCGGAGCUAUGGGUGAUUCCAGUGACGCUUCCGGUGAUCGCCGCAGCUCGACCCGGCGGCGUCGCAGCGACGACGACGAGUCAUCACUGCGUUACAUGCUGCGCAAUCAGAACCUACUGCUGGUCGUGUUCCUGAUCCUCGGUGUGCUCACGGUGUCUUGCGCGUGCGUCGCCAUUGUCGCCGCAGUGGUCGAGCACUUCUGGACGUCCAUCGACGAACCGAUGGGAACCGCCAUCGCCGCAGAAGGCGCUGUCGACGACGGUCGAAAACAGCAAGAAGGCAAGUCCUCCUCCGCCGAGUUCGUCAUGCAGCGGCAAUCCGAGGCGGACGGUGCGAACCGCGCAGUCUUCUGUUUCGUCAACUACACAGCGGCGCCCGGUUCACCGCACCGGUUCGUCGUGGACAACGUGUCGGCCGACCUCUGCGACGCUCUCGUCUUCGUGUCCGUCGGGCUGGACAUGCGGCAACAGAGCGCGCGUUUCAAGCGACCCGUCGAAGACGCCGAUACCCUCCAGAGCUUGACGUCGCUGCCCACGCCCGUCUGGGUCUUGGUCGGCGGCGAGCUCGCGGACUCUCACGACUUCCGGAAGGCAGUGCGAGAGAAGCGGACGCGGCUCGCCUUCGUGCACAACGCGGCGGUCUGGUCACGCCGCAUGGGACUCGCCGGCCUAAUCCUCUACUGGAAGUAUCCGACACUGAGAUACCGCUCAAAUUACAGCACAUUCGUGAACACCAUGCGCAUCGUCUUCGAAAACAAGGGGCUGCGCUUGAGCGUAGUCGUACCAUGGGAGACGGCGAAGCGACGCGACGGCUACUUCGUACCAUCGCUGUACAACCGGCUCGACCUCGUCGUCGUCGACACGCACCGUACCGUGGACCCGGCGUCGUUUCCGGUCACCACAUGCCAGAGCCCGAUGCGGGCCGUCUUCAGGGCGCACCAUAACGGCCAGAUGGGACUGUCCUCGGUUCUCGACGAGUUGUCCAUGGUCACCGAGCACAUGCUUGGCAAGACCAUGCUGAGCGUCUCGUUCGCCGGCGCCACGUUCACCCUGAAGCGGCCCUGGAUGAGGCACGUUCGUGUAGGUAUGCGCGUACUCGGUCCCGGCAAGCCCUUCACUCAUACCAACCGCUCGGGCCUGGCCAGUUACUACGAGGUUGCCAAGGCGCUGACGCACCGCGAUGCGUCCUCGUGGCACAGUGCAACUCACGGCUUCUCUCGCUGCUCGGUGGCCUACUGGAAGGACCAGUGGGUCGGCUUCGAGGACCGUGCUAGCCUGCGCCUUAAGCGGUCAGUGGUGCGAAAGACUGCGGGCCUAGCGGUCUGGGACUUGUCCAUGGACGAUUUCGCAGGGGACUUUGGACUCGCGUGGCCUCUGCUUCGCGAGGCUCACGACGUGGUGCACGGUUGAGAUCAGGCGAGGUCAUUUUCGGAGUGAAUGAAAAUGUAAUUUCUCGCCCCCCCCCCUUUUUAAAAAAUUUAGCGCAUUGUUUUUACUUCGGUCUUAGCGCUCAUUUGGAAUUUCCUUCGCGUUUCUCAAUUCGGUGUAGUAAAAUGGCAUUGCUAUGCGAAUUACACAGUAUCUCUAUUGGAUAAUGAUAAUCUAACUGUAUUAAGAUUAGCACAUGUUUAUCAGAGACAUUUUAUCAGGGUCACGUUUAUCAGGGACAUGCAUAUAUCCGCGCGUUGGUGUAAAUGUCCGUUUUUCGCGCGUCCAGCUUGAACGAUUCACAGCCGACGAAUCGCGUUAACUUUCCUGCUCUGAUAGCAAGCCCAUGCUCUUAUAAUUUACUGCUGAUAUUGUGCGCUAUUUGCUGUUUUAUAUUAUCUGCGUGGUUUCAUAACGCUGCUAUACAACUAUCGACGGUUACAGAGCGGCUGAUGGUAUUGAACGGGCCGUGCAUUAAGCCGCCUAACUCCGUACCUUCAUUACUGGCAAGACAUUCAUUUGUGAAUUUUUUGUAAAUGUCCACAUUCAGCAUAUACUAUAUUAUAGUGGUACUGCUGUUACACCGAAGACUAAGAGCAUACAAAUUACCUACUUUUUCGACAACUGCGGCAGUCAUUUCUUUGAACGCUGCGUAUCAGUUAUAAAAUGUG